GGAACUGCCAUCUAUUCGUGAAGGUGACAUACGUGUGUCGUAAAGCUGCGAGUUGGCCUUGGUGAGCUACCGUAGCAUCGUUGGGAUCGCUUCAGGGAUGGACGCGUCCUCCAACGCAUCGGCGCCGCCGCCGCCGCCGCACACCGCUGAGUUUUGGAUCAAUAAUCUGCAGCUGGCCCCUCACCCCGAAGGCGGCUACUACCGCGAAGUCGUGCAUAGCCUGCACGAGGUGGACAACGAGGUCGGCGCCCGCCGCCUUGCUUACACCAGCAUCUACUUUCUGCUGACGCCGGAAAGCCCUUCGCACCUGCACCGGCUCUGCUCCGACGAGACGUGGUUCCACCACGUCGGCGACCCGCUUCAGGUGCACGUGCUGCUCAAGGACCCGCAAGAUGAGGACCGCAUUGCCGUCCCGCCGCGUGCGCCGCCGAAGGGGUCGGAGGUGGCCGCAGCCGAUGCACGGCCAUACCAGGCAUACCGCCGCGUGCUCAUGGGUCCAUGUGUAGACCGCGGCGAAGUGCUGCAGUACACCGUGCCCGGUGGCGCCAUCUUUGGCACCUCCGUCAACGCCGCAGGUGCGAUGGCGCAGGCGGGCUACUCGCUUGUGAGCUGCGUUGUGAGUCCUGGGUUUGACUAUGCGGACUUUGAGCUCUUGACGCAGGCCCAGCUGAUGGAGCUGUGCCCGCAGCACGAGGCCGUGAUUCGGCAGAUGGCGUACGAGGCCAUUCCCAGCUGA